AUGGAGAACUCUGUUGUUCUAGCAUUUCUUCUAAAUACCAUGACAUCAAAUGUGGCAAGAAGUGUGCAACUGCUGGAGAUUGCACAGGAAGUCUGGGAGACGGUGACCCAAAUGUUCUCACAGAAGCAGAAUUCUGCUCAAGCAUUUGAGAUCUGUUCUCAAUUACGUCAGCUUCGUCAGGGAGAUUUAUCUAUCACUGAAUAUGCCACCGAGUUGAAACGUCUUUGGUCCGAAGCUGAUCAUUAUAGAACUUUUGCUCCACAAAGCUCCAUCGAUGUUGAUGGAUUUCAGAAAUAUUUAGAAGAAGAACGGGUCCAGGACUUUCUAUAUGGUCUGAAUCCAGAAUAUGAAUCUGUCAGAGUUCAGCUCCUCGCCAGAGAUAUUUUACCUAGUUUAGGUCAAGUUUUCUCUACUGUUUUAAGCGAGGAGAUACGGCGACGAGUGACUUCUGACUCCAAUAGUUCUAUAAGAUCAGCCCUUACCGUACAACCACAGCAAGUAGGUGAGAAUGUAUGUUUUCAUUGUAAAAAGCCUGGGCACACUAAGGCAUUUUGCUGGGAUCUCCAUGGCCGCCCAAAUCAGCCUGGGCGUGGUAGUCGAGGCCAUGGUGGUCGUCGUAGUGGUGGAAGAACUAGAGGACAGAAUCAUGUUCGUGGAUCUGCCCAAGCCAAUCUCUCUGAAGAGACCGAGGGUGCUAUACACAGCUUAUCUACAGAGGAAUAUCAGACCUUCCGAUGA